GAUAUUUUUAAUCACUUGAAUAUAUUUUUUAUAAACAUUUCAAACAAUAUACUCCACAUAAGUAAUUGUUUAGAAUCAUUUCAAAUGCCCUAUCAGAGUCACAAAAUUGGAUUAGGUGUUUCAACACGCUGAUAAUCUUGACCCCGCGACCUCAAUUCGAAACGCUCGAUUCUGAUAAGAUUUUCAAAUAUUUCAAACACAUCGAUGAACUUGAGCUAUUUUCCUUUGAAAACAUGUUGAGAAAAGUGAGACUUCGAAAUGGUUUUGAGGUUUUAAAGAGGUAUUUGCAUACGGAGAGAGAAACUAAAAUAGGCAUUUUGGGAGUGCCUUUCGACAAGGGACAGCCAAAGGUAGGGGUUGCAAACGGACCGGACGCUAUCAGAAAGGCGGGGUUGGUGGAACAGCUUGCAGGAAUCCAUAAAAAAAUCAACAUUAAAGACUAUGGGAAUAUUACGUACCAAGUCAAUGAAGAGAUUGAAAAAAAAGUUCCAAAUAUGAGGGAAUACGCACACGUAGCGUCAUGUAACCAAGAACUGUCUAGAAAUGUGGAGAAAAUUAUAAAAGAUGGUCGGAUUUGUCUUACACUCGGUGGAGAUCAUUCUAUAGGAAUCGGCACCGUCGACGGCCACAUAAAAUCCAAAAACGAAGACAUAUGCCUAUUAUGGAUCGACGCACACGCAGACCUAAACACGAACAAGACUUCGCCCUCGGGCAACGUCCACGGCAUGCCGAUGGCCCUGCUAGCGUCCGAACUUGCGGACUACUGGCCUUACCUGCCGGGUAUGGACUGGCAGCAACCCGUCAUGUCCAUAAGAAACGUCGCCUACAUCGGCCUGCGAUCGGUCGACUCGUAUGAACGAUUAGUGAUCGACAAGUUGGGCAUAACGGCAUUCGGCAUGGACGAGGUCGAAAACUACGGCAUCGGCACCGUCGUUAACAUGGCCUUGGACAGGAUAGAUCCGGAGAGAAGGAGGUCGAUACAUGUUAGUUUCGACAUCGAUUCUCUCGAUUCUUUGGAGGCUCCAAGUACUGGAACGCCUGUGAGAGGGGGCCUUACUCUACGCGAGGGCGUCCACAUCAUGGAAAUGAUAUACAAAACAGGCCGCUUAGGGGCGAUGGACCUUGUCGAAGUCAAUCCGGGUAUAGGAAGCGAACAGGAUGUCAAGAGGACCAUCGAGGCUGCUAUUCACGUUAUUCUGGCGGCUUUUGGGCAUAGUCGGAAAGGUUUACGGCUUAAGGACGCUUCUCUACCGUUACAAACCUUCCCGCCCACGAGACAAACCAUACAGUGACGAGUGUGAAAAAUUUAUUUAACUGCAAUUCGUCAAGUCAAAAAAACAGUUAAAAUUGGUGAUACUUAAAAUAAUUUGUAGUUUUGUGUAACUUUAUAUAAUUUGAUUAGUUGGUAUUUUAAAUUAAACUUUGUUUUUUAGUCA